AGAGGAGUAUAAUUAAUCAGACCAGAAAGAUUUGUUUAUGGGAUGUUUCUUCUAGGAGUUUACUAGCCUUCCGUGUUACUAUUUCAACCAAGCUUUUAUUUGGCUGUGGAUAUAUUUGGAGGACUCCCUGAUGCAAGUCCGAGUUUUCUACAGGAAUUAAUAUCUUCUGGACCCUGGAAGGUGUCUAAAAUCCUAAAACCUCUGGUCAAAGCACAACAAUGAAUGGUUCAGAUUCUGCUGCUUCGCCUCAUGAAGCACAACAGCAAGGCAGGAAACGAAAACGGAAUGAAAAAGCAGAAGUGCAAGAAGAAAGUGAGGAUGAAACUUCUUUGGGGGAAUUAACAGAGAGUCAGCAACAAGAUCUGUCCAGUGAAGUUAUUCCAUACACUGAAACAGAGAAUACAAGGACAGAAGGAACACCUGCAAUUGUGUGUGAAAAUGGUAUCUGUCACCCAACCCACCAACCAAGAUGGUGGAUUCCAGGGAUUCGGAAAGAUGAUGAAUUCUUCCAUUUUGUCAUUGUUUGUUUCGCCACUGGAAUGUUAUUAGUUUGCUAUUACAAAUACAACAACUGGAUAGUUUCCCUUGGAAUCGGCUUGAUGACCUUCGCAGCCUUAGAAACAACAGGAAUAUAUUUUGGCCUUGUGUACCGCAUUCGAAGUGUCCUGGAAGCUUUUAUCCCCCUUAUUCAAAGAGUCAAAAUGCCUGGGUUCAGAAAGGUUAACUAAGCCAGAAAUCUCAAGACCACUGAAUAAAUUCUGUUUGUUUUCGAGACUGCAGUGACAACUAUAAUAAUAUGCAAACAGUAUAAAUGUCAGGGCUAAAGAAUUGAGCUAUGAGGACUGCAGCUGGCAAGAGGGAGAUGAAGAGCUUGGGGCCAGCCAACACAGGGCAGGUGCCAUCAACAACUCCAAUAACCUGGGAGCCCUUCAAGGAAACGGCUGGAGGAAUCAACUCAGGAUUUAAACCUUGGGACAUGCAUAUAAUAUAGCUAGACUUUCAUACUCUUUAGAAGCUGUUCUUUAUCAUUACUAGAGCUGCUUAGUACCUGCAAUAAAGUUACU